GCAUUCCAUUCUCAUGAUUGCAGAACAGACAAAGUGAGAGAGAAGAGAGGGAAAAUUAAAAAAAAAACGAAGAGAAAGGAAGGAAGGUGAGAAUACCGGAAAAGCUACUUUCCCCGAUCGUAGCUUUUCCCGGAAUGGAUUCCUUCCGAUCUCUUCUCCUGUUCUUCUCUCUCCUCUUCGCCGUCGCCGUUUCCGAGUCCGUCCUCAAGAUUCUGCCGGAAAAACAGAGAUCCGGCCAUCUCCUGCUCACCAGCGACGGUAAUAUUCGCAAGGACGACGAACUUUUCUGCGAGAGCUGGCGGUACGCCGUCGAGACUAAUGACGCCGGCGUCUGGGAGGAGAUCCCGAGGAGGUGCGUCAGAUUCGUCGAUGAGUACAUGAACGGGAGCAGGUACGCGUCAGAUUCCGACGCGGUCGCCGGAUACUCGCUCCAGCGCGCGCAGGGCGUCGAGAUCGCCAGCGAUGGGAAGGACGUGUGGAUUUUCGACAUCGACGAAACGCUGCUGUCGAACCUACCGUACUACGCCGCUCAUGGAUACGGAUCAGAGGCUUUCAACGAAACGGCUUGGAAUGAAUGGGUGACAUUAGCGGCUGCCCCACCUUUGCCAGCGAGCCUGAGGCUCUACAAGGAACUCCAAAGGCUUGGUUUUCAAUUGAUACUCUUGACAGGACGGACAGAAGAUCAGCGAAACGUUACGGAUGAAAAUCUCUUAUUUGCAGGAUACAGCUCUUGGGACAGGCUCAUCUUAAGAGGGUCGAUUGAUGUGGGCAAAACUGCCUUGGUUUAUAAAUCAGAGAAGAGAAUGGAGUUGGAAGCAGAAGGGUACAGGAUCCAUGGGAGCUCUGGAGAUCAAUGGAGUGAUUUGUUGGGUACUCCAAUGGCAGCUCGAUCCUUCAAACUCCCAAAUCCCAUGUAUUACAUUGAGUGAUAUGUUUUAUUUAAACAGUUCGGUUCACUUUGUAGCUGAUUUCAAGACGUGCAGCUGCUUUGAUUCUUUCCUCUCUUUUUUCAUGUCCAUUAAGCAUUUUGGGGACCCCACAUGUGAAAGAAGUCACUUAUAGUGUUUGAGACCACAUGUAAAAGUGAGAAAAGUUGUAUGGUAUUUUAAGUAGAUGGGUGUUCAAGUACACGUGAGCUGACUCUACUCAGCCAAGAAUCAGUUUAAGAUAUAGGGGUAGCUCUAGAUUUUUUGAGCAGCACAGACAAACUUGAUUAAAUACUCGAAAAUUUGAAUAACUCUAACCAUCCAUCGCAAAUACUUAAAUUUGAAAUUGAUUUUCAUUAUGGCUCUUGCUGAAUCAAAAUACUUAAAACCUUUAUCAGUAGAUCCAACCACAUUGGUAAGCCAAGACAUUAGUCAAUUGAUUCAUGUCAGACUGAAAGUUAGUUUUGAACUGUAAUUAGGAUCCAUCGAUACAGGCCCACAAGUUUUUUCCUCCAAGACAACAUGGAUGUGCAUUUGGAAGAUUUUAGCAUUUAGGAAACACACAUGUACUCAAGUUAUCCACAUUCCAUGGCAUGGGGCCUGUUUUCUGUUGUGUUUUUGUAAUAAAAAUAAAUGUUA